AUGUAUGCGAUGUCUAUUAGUGGAGAGGGUGCUCAGUACUUGCGUGUUCCGCCCGACCCGGGCAUUCAGGCCAGUCCGGCUGCCGCUCUAGGUGCUAGUGCGUCCGUGCCCCCUGGUACUGAGUCGACUGCAGCACUGCACACCUUCACACUGGACUCAGGUGCUUCUCGCUCCUUCUUUCGUGACCGCACUGUCCUUGAGCCACUCGCUCGGCCAGUUGCUGUCUCCCUUGCUGACCCCUCUGGGGGUCCGGUCAUUGCGACCUCCUCCACUGUCCUUCCUUGUCCGGCGGUCCCGUCCGGCACGCUGUCAGGUCUCUACCUCCCCUCGUUCUCUACGAACUUGGUGGCAGGUAGUGCGCUCCAGGACGGGGGUGUUCACCAGUUCACCCCUGCCUACGAGCGCGUGACACACUGCACGUGUGCUCGGACGGGUCGCCACCUGGCUACCUUCACUCGGGAGCCGGGGUCGGACCUUUACACACUGACCACUGAGUCCCCUCAGGUAGCUGCGUCCGCGUCUGCGUCAGCGUUAGGUCAGCUGUCCGCCCCCUGCUCGUGUCGCUCUCUGGCGCAUGAGACUGUCCUUUGGCACCACCGCCUUGGUCACCCGUCUGUGCAGCGCCUUCGGGCCAUGCACAAACGGGACCUUGUUGCUGGUCUUCCCAGGGUGCUCCCUCCCCUUCCCGACUCGCCUGCUCCUCCCUGUAUUCCCUGUGUCGAGGGACGGCAGCGCGCCGUUCCUCACUCCUCCUCCUUUCCCUCGACGACUGCUCCCUUGCAGACGCUCCACUUGGACGUGUGGGGCCCAGCCCGCGUCCGUGGUCAGGGUCAGGAGAGGUACUUCCUGAUUGUUGUUGACGACUUCUCGCGCUACACCACGGUCUUCCCCUUGCGCGCCAAGGGUGACGUCCCUGAUGUCUUGAUCCCUUGGAUCCGCAGAUCUCGUCUCCAGCUCCGUGAGCGUUUCCGCUCCGACUUCCCUGUCCUGCGUCUGCACUCUGACAGAGGUGGGGAGUUUUCCUCUGGCCUAUUGGAGGCCUUCUGUCAGCAAGAGGGCAUUGAGCAGUCGUACACGCUUCCGGCCUCUCCACAGCAGAAUGGGGUUGCUGAGCGCCGCAUUGGUCUGGUCAUGGAGGUCGCUCGUACCUCCUUGAGCCAUGCGGCUGCCCCCCAUUUUCUGUGGCCGUUUGCAGUCCGAUACGCUGCGCAUCAGCUCAACCUCUGGCCCCCUUUUGUCCGCGACACGUCCGCGGACAAGCUCUCCCGUCGCGCUGUCCCCUGCGUCUUCCUUGGCUUUGUCCCGGACGCCCCUGGCUGGCAGUUCUACCACCCCACCUCGCGUCGUGUCCUGGCCUCUCAGGACGUCACUUUUGACGAGUCCGUCCCCUACUACCGCCUCUUCCCCUACCGCACUGCCCCGCUCCCCCCCCGCCUCUCUUCCUCGCUCCAGGUAGACCCGGGUGAGCCUGUCGAGGUAGCUGUUGACUCUCGUCCUGCUAGGGGUGCUGAGCCUGGGGGUGCUGCGUCUGGGGGUGCUGAGCCUGGGGGUGCUGCGUCUGGGGGUGCGGAGCCUGGGAGUGCUGAGUCUGGGGGUGCGGAGCCUGGGGGUGCUGAGCCAGGAGGUGCGGAGCCUGGAGGUGCUGAGUCUGGGGGUGCUGAGCCUGAGCGUGCUACACCUGGAGGAGCCCUCUCCUCCCAGCAGCUGCAGGAGAGGUACCUCGAGUACUGCCGCCUCCGGAGAGGUACUGCUGGAGCUCGUCCCGGUACUUCCCCUCCUACCCAGGAGCUCCCCCCCAUUCAGCAGAUCCGCGAGUGGUACACACGGCGCUGCAGUCUUCGGAGUGGUGCUCCUGGUGCUGCGGACCCUGGGGGUGGCGCUGCUGCUGGUGCUGAGGACCCGGACGUGGGAGCUGCUGCUGGUGCUGCGGACCCGCCUGGUGGAGCUGCUGCUGGUGCUGAGGACUCGGACGUUGGAGCUGCUGCUGGAGCUGAGGACCCGGACGGUGGCGCUGCUGCUGGUGCUGAGGACCCGGACGGUGGAGCUGCUGCUGGUGCUGAGGACCCGGACGGUGGAGCUGCUGCUGGUGCUGAGGACUCGGACGGUGGAGCUGCUGCUGGAGCUGAGGACCCGAGCGGUGGCACUGCUGCUGCUGCUGAGGACCCGGGCGUUGGAGCUACUACUGGUGCUGAGGACCCGGCCGGUGGAGCUGCUGCUGGUGCUGUGGACCCGGACGCUGGAGCUCCUACUGGUACUGAGGACCCGGCCGCUGGAGUCUCCUCUGCUUCCGGAGACGCUGCGCGGCCGCGACCGUACUUCGUACCGCUCCUUCAGCAGGUUCUUGGGCAGGCUCCUCCUCCUUGUCCUCCUCCCUCCGUAGAGUGUCCUCCGCCUGUCCGGCCGCAGUCACAGUUACCACCUACCUCGCCUCUCCCUGCUCCCUCUCCUUACACUGGUCCCACAGGAGGUCUUACAGAGCGUCGUGAGCCUGAGUCUCGUCCUGCGUCGCCUGUUCGUCCUGCUCGCACUGGUAGUCGUGUCCGUCGUGAGCGUCCUCCUCCUGUCCCAGGCACUCACUACAUGACUCUGCGUCCCUCUACUGCUCCUCAGCGUGUCCCUCUACCGUCUCCUCCUGCGUCCUCUUUGCCUGACGUUCCGGACCCUGAGUCUGACCGGUAUCGUGCUGAGCACCCUACUGUCACGCGUCUCCUCGCUACUGUUGUCACUGACCCUACCUUUGAGUCCUCGGCUGCGUCUGCUCUGGUCGCUGAGUUGGUUGACUUUGCUGCUGCCUGUCGUCUAGACUGCGCUGCUAGCCUUGUUGCUGAGUCUGAGUCUGAGUCUGUCUGUCCUCCGUCCGUCGGGGGUGAGUGUGCUCUUGGCACGGACGUCCUUGAGGACAGACAGGAGGAGUUCCAGUGUCUUGCUGCUGCUUUGCCCCGUCUCGUGUCCUUGCUAGUUGCCCCUGAGGGAGACCCGGAUGCACCAGACAUCCCGACCCCGCGCUCUUACGCUGAGGCGAUGGCGGGUCCCUACUCCUCUCAGUGGCAGACAGCCAUGGACGCCGAGAUGGCUUCCUGGAAGUCCACACGCACCUACGUAGACGAGGUUCCCCCUCCUGGGGCGAACAUCGUCAGUGGCAUGUGGAUUUUCAGGGUGAAGCGGCCGCCGGGUUCUCCGCCUGUCUUCAAGGCGCGUUACGUGGCUCGAGGCUUCAGUCAGCAAGAGGGAGUUGACUUCUUCCAGACCUUCUCCCCCACCCCGAAGAUGACUACUCUUCGGGUGCUGCUGCACAUAGCCGCUCACCGCGACUACGAGCUUCACUCACUUGACUUCAGCACUGCUUUCUUGCAGGGCAGCCUGCACGAGGAGAUCUGGCUGCGCCGCCCACCUGGCUUCACUGGGUCGUUUCCUCCUGGUACCCAGUGGAGGCUUCAGCGGCCGGUCUAUGGUCUCCGCCAGGCUCCGCGUGAGUGGCACGACACACUGAGGACUACACUUGCGGCUCUUGGGUUCGCGCCUUCUACAGCUGACCCGUCGCUGUUCCUGCGCACCGACACUUCGCUGCCGCCGUUCUACAUCCUCGUACCUGGGUGA